AUGGGGAUUCUGCCUGCUCGCAAGGCGGUUGCCUUCUCGGUGCAGAAAGGACAAACCGUCAAGAUCAUCAACACUCAUGGCAAGCAAGUGGUGGAUUUCUGGGCGUUCAAUCCCCAUGAUGCCAACGACUUCCUCUCCAUGGUGCAUACGCGCACCAUCCUACUGAAAGUGGCCAUCUCGCCGGGCGACCAGCUGUAUAGCACUCGCAGAAAGCCCAUGCUGACCGUGGUCGAGGACACCACCCGCGGCGUGCACGACUUGAUGUGGUCAGCCUGCGAUGCCGAGCGAUAUCGAAUGCAGGGCGUGGCAGGCUAUCACGACAACUGCACGGACAACAUGCACGCCGCAUUGAAAGAGCACUUCCCGCACUUUGGCAUUGCCCACGACUGGGUUCCCGACCCGUUGAAUCUCUUCAUGAACGUGGCCAUCGACCAUCGCUCCAACCUGACAAUUCGGCCUCCAACCAGUGAAAAGGGCGAAUAUGUAUCCUUGGAAGCGCAGGCCGAUCUGAUUGUGGUCAUGAGCGCCUGUCCGCAAGACAUCGACCCCGUCAACGCGGGAAUGCCGACCGACUGCGAAUACCAGGUGUCAGGUCCAGGUCUAGGAUCAGGCGAGCAGCCAGUACCAUCGCCAACAUCAAGCCUGGCCAUUUACCCCCGCCGCCGCAAGGUCAAGAUUGCCCUCUCGUUCGACUUCGACGCUGUGUCUCACUGGCUUGGGACGGGCUGUCAUCCCGACAACAACAUGGCCGACUACAGCUCGGGCAUUUUUGCCGGGCAGGUUGGAGCCCUCCGCUUGCUCGACGUCUUGACGAAGCACGGCAUCGCAGACAAGGUGACCUGGUUCAUCCCCGGCCACACCAUCGAAACCUUUCCCGACACGGUGCGAAAGGUGGUGCAGUCGGGCGCCGAAAUUGGCCUUCAUGGAUACUCGCACGAGGGCAUCUAUCAGAUGACGGAAGAGCAAGAACGAGACGUGCUACUCAAAUGUAUCGACGUCGCCACCAAGCUGGUCGGGAAGCCGCCACGCGGCUACCGAGCCCCCAUGUACACCAUCAGAGAAACCACGGUGCAACUACUUCGGCAGCACCAGUUUCUCUACGACACUUCUCUGAUGCAUCAUGAUUCACAGCCUUAUUUCACUCCCAGCGACCCACCGAUCAAGACCAUCGAUUUCUCGCAGCCGGCAUCGUCCUGGUUGCAGCCGACGCCGAUUGCGUCGCAGGCUUAUCCGGAAGGGUUACACCCUCUCGUCGAGAUCCCCUGCGGCUGGUACAAUGAGGACAUGAUGCCGUUGCAGUAUCUUCCCCAUCUUGCCAAUAGCAUGGGCUAUGUAUCCACUCGCGUGGUGGAACAAAUGUGGAAGGACAAAUUUCUGUGGCUCUGGGAGAACUCUCCUGAGGGCAGUGGCGCUGGCUCCGGCUCCAGCUCCAUCGACUUUGUCUUUCCUAUACUGAUGCAUCCCGAUACCAGCGGUAUGGCACAUGUGAUUGGAAUGGCUGAGCGCGUUGUCCAGUGGUUGAAAAGCUUCGGCGACAACGUCGAGUUCUGCACACAUGAAACCAUAGCAAGCCUGUGGUUGGCCGAACAGAAGAAAACGGCCGGAAAAGAAGUAGCAGGAGGUUGCUUGCCUAUAGGUAGCCCUCUAGAUAUCCGUCGAUCAUAA